GUCCAUCUUCGGACUGCAUCUCUUUUGUCCAAGCGUCAAAACAGCCUUUGAGACAUCUCAUUACAGUCCCCGGGAACAUAGGAGGAAGAGAGGAAGAAAGGAUCAAACUCUUCGAACUUACCAGUUAAACGGUAACUCCCCGGUGGUGCUCGUCAUUCUGAAAGGUGUACGAAGACUCCGUACUCGUACUCCAUCCGUAUGGAGACCGAGUCAAAUGCCAUGAACGGCGCGCCGGAAAGGAAAGGGUCCACCACCUCGCUCAAGGACGAAGUCACGGCUCUGGAGAACGGCGCCGAACGGCCAAAGAUGGGCACCGCGAUCCGCGGAACACGCAUAGGUCACAAGAAGUCGAGGAAUGGGUGUCAGCAGUGCAAGAAACGGCGUGUCAAGUGUGAUGAGAGCCGGCCAUGUCGCAAUUGUGUACGGCACGACGUCAAGUGCAGUCUUGUCCUGACGCCAUUCGCACCUCAGCUUCCUGCUGUGACCGAGUCGCCAAAACCGACUCAAGAUGCAGCGAGUACGGCGACACCAGGUAGUAUCGGGGACGCCUCGACGACCAGUCGCCCAGUCAGCCGCCGCGAGAGACCAUCGCCUCAACUGUCUUCAUUAAAAGACAAGGUCGCCGCCAUUCAGGGGCUGCUAUCAGAGUUUACGGCUGAAGUAGAUGCCCUCAACCAAAACGGUCAUGACAACUACUCUAGCCCGGCCAAUGGCUCAAGUCAUGGAGACUCGGGAGACUCUCAGAGUAUCUCACAAGCUGACUGGCUCACCGACAUGCAACUCGUCCAUCACUUUACCUCCAACACAGCUCAUACUCUUUCUGAGAAUCCAGACUUUGUGCAUUUGUGGACUACAACCGUUCCUCAAAUUGCCUUCGCCAACGACUUCCUUCUCCAUGGCAUCCUCGCCGUAUCAGCUAUUCACAGAGCGCACAUCAAUCCCGAGAAAAGGGACGAGUAUGCCAACUUAUCAGCACGCCAUCAGAACAUCGCCCUGAGCCAAUUCUCGCCAGGACUGAGCGAGAUUGGCGAGAACAACGCAGACGCAUACGUACUCCACGCAAUAUGCAUCUUUCUGCUCAACACCUACUCCAUCGCGAACCCCCACGGGCCCAUCACAUCCAAGGACGUUGCCCAGUCCUUCAUCCUGCUACAAGGCAUCAAGAGCAUUCUCACCCUCCCCUUUGCCCAUCGAUACAUCUCCAACGGCCCAUUAGCCCGCUGGCUCUACCAAGGCGGUGUCGAGCCCGCCGUCGGAGGCAACUUUGCCUCGAAAAUCGACGAUCUUCUUACUCUUACGCGAAGCAUGGCCCCUUCAGACGAUACAACGACCUGCCAAUCCGCCCUCGAGGGCCUGAAAAUCACCUUUGCUGCAGUCUCCGCCCCGCAGCAUAGGUCCGGUCUCGUCUGGCGCUGGGCCGUCUCUCUCCCCCAGCCCUUCCUCGAGCUGAUGAUCCAGAAUCACCCCAUGGCCCUCGUCAUCCUCAUGCACUACGCGGCGCUGGUGCACGCCUUUGAGCGCAAUAUGUGGUACCUCGUCGGCUGGGGCAACAACGUCGCCUCAGCUUUGGAUCAAGCUAUUCAGGAACCAUGGAGGGAGUGGAUCCAGUGGCCUCUGAGGUGUAUUCGAGAGGGUGUUGAUAUUCGGCAGGUUGAGCCGUUCAAGCCGGUUCCGAUUGAGAGCGUCCCGAGGACGCAGCCUCCGACUGCUGCCAACUUCAAGCUGGACCUUUUCAGGCUGGGUGAGCCACCAGCAUGACGCGCUCGAGGAUUUGAUUCAGAUUAGACUUCUAUGGGAAACAGCCCAGUCUACUGGAAUGGUCCAGACGAGGCGUCGAACGAGAGCGCGGCUCCCGAGCGGCUCUUCUCCAAGAUCGUAUCUUCAAGGCAACGCUCGAGGACACAGCGAGAGAUUCUGGCGAUCCAACUUCUUCACGACGGCUCAAGUUGAGCAGGUAUACGCUUCGCUCGCCGGGAUAGCAUAGGCACACGCCGAGCUUCGGCUCUGACCUAGCUGUUUUCCGGCAGGAGUGAUGUGACGGCCUGCCUACACGUGAGAUAACAUGGCCUGGUUCGGACUGAGAGGUCGAUCCGGUCAGAGUACCAGCGGCAUGUACGGCAUCACGCAGGAAAGGACUGGUGAAUUCAUACAGUGGGCCAUUCACAGUCAUUGAGCGAUGCAACGCGCAACGCUCGAGGCGGCCAAAAAUCCAUCCAUAUGGUGGCAUUGUACAGAGGGAAGUAUAAAGGGAGCCUGAAGGCAUGGGCAACUUAGAUCGGCAUGUCGCCAUUAAAAGAGGGUUGGGCAAAUGAGGAAACAUAUAUCAACCGUGUGAACCUUCAAAAACUGUGUCAACGGAAAUAUCAUCUGGCAGUACGGAAUACCUGUGACGCCAAUUGAGAUAUCGGGCUCGGCCCAUCAAUUUACAUCCAUC